CAGAGUGGGCACGAACGCCGCCGCCACUAACGCGCGAGCGUGCCAUCCACCACUCCGCUUCUUCUCGGCGUCAAACCCAUAACCCGAUCGCCAUGGGCUUACUCUGCUAAAGCUCCGAUCCGAUCACCGUCGCGCUCUCCCUUCCGUUUUCGCCGCUGCAGCACGCGCGCGCGCGUCCAGCCAUGGCGAGGGAGUCCAUCUACGGAGCCUCGUGGGAAGAGGCCUUCCUGUGGCAGCGCCCGCAGCGCCCGGAUGAGCCGGAGGUGAGGGACGUGGCCGUCGACCCCUUCUCUCUCCGGCAGUUCUCCCGUCUCAACAUCGACAGGCCCCUUCCCAUCCCCUCCGUCUCCGUGGACGACCGCAGCGCCCACGUGCCGCCGGCCCGGUUCGACGACGGUGCGAGCGUGCCGGCCACCGCGGCGGCGGCGUCCCCGCGCGCGUCGAAGGCUCUGGCCGCCCCCACCGGGUUAGGCGCGGACGAUGCGCGCCCGGCCGCGCGCUCGCCGCCCUCGGCGGCGCCGCUGAGGAGCAAGCUUUCCGACAGCUGGGAGACGGAGCUCGCGGACGCUGGGUUCGACGUUGCCAUGCCCUCGUCGCCGGAGCGGAAGGUGAGCGAGCCGCAGCGCUGGGGCAGCGACGUGCCGCUGAUCGCUGCCGCAGACGCCGAGGAGUACUCCUUCGGCGGCGCCAAGGACGACGGCCGGGGCAAGCAGCAAGCGAAGCACGGCGGGAAAGUGCCACCGUUCACCUGCUGCAUGUACGUCCCGGGGCUCACCAGGAGGAUCAAACCUCCGACAUCCACGGCGGCGGCGGCGGCGACGGCGACGGCUGCGCGCCCUUAUUCGUCAGGCGCAUUCGGUAGCAAGAGCGCCGCGGCCGUGGAGGCCGCCGGCGACCGAGGCACGUGCUCGGCGCGACCCAGCACCAUGUCGCUGGCCGUGUCGCUGGAGCGGUUCGACUGCGGCUCCCUGUCGACGUCGUCGUCGUGCUCGCGGGGCCUGGGCCUCGACGACACGGAGGCCGCCUCCUCGUCGUCCUGCUUCGAGCUGCCGCUGGAGCUCAUCCUGGGCUGCGACGACGGCGAGGAGUCCGACCUGCCCGUGUGCGCCGCGUUCUUGUUCGACAGCGACGGCGUACGGAAGAGCGUGCUCAAGAGGAGGCUGGAAGCUGGCGCGGGCAUGGAGCCGCGGCGACCGUCGCUGGGGAAGGUGUCCGCAGACUCUUCCGGCAGGAUCUCGACCCAUCACGUCCGGGUCGCCUUGAAGUCGAGGUCUCCAGCGGCAUCCACAUCGCCGUAAAAUUAAAGUCCCCGGCGUCGAGGACAAGUAUCUUGCCGGUGUGAAGGGCCAG